AAUGGUUGUGGUUCCACAAUUAUGAUCUGUGGUGAACUCCCAGUGAACUCAGGUGGGAGAGGGAAAGAGAUGAUGGAGGAGAGGAGGGAUCGAGUUUUACCAGACACAUCAAUGUUGACUAGGUGAAUGAGCUGGAUAAUUCAGAUUUACCGCGCGAUAAACAGUAGAGUACCCGCGCGGUAAAAAGUAGAGUACUGAACAGAGUAGACCAACAAUUUGCUGUUGACAUGAAAUUAGUUGAAUAGCGUCUUAUUUACCCAAGUUAAAAGUCAAACAACAUAGUCUGUUGAAAUUGAGCUUCCGUAUCCUAUUCAUAAUUCACUCAGUAUAUUAUACCUCUUGCUUCCGCCCUGCUUGCGGUCUUUGCUGUACGAGCUUCGCUAAUGAAAUACAGUGCAGCUGCACAGCGCGCAUGUGCAACACAGCCUACGUUCCAGUAGUCACGUAGCACUUGCCACUUGUGUCCAAUGGGACCAUCAAUCGCUCUGCUUGCCAGCGAACCGCAGUGUUGUUGAUACACAUGGCUAAUGCAGGCUCUUCCUAUUCGCCAGAGACAGCAACCGGUGGUUUUAACAGACACCAAUCUAGUGUAUCCGGCUCUCCAGUGGGACAUCCCGUACCUGCAGGAGAACAUUGGAAACGGGGACUUCUCUGUGUACAUCGCGGAAAACCACAAAUUCCUCUACUAUGACGAGAAGAAAAUGGCCAACUUUGAGAACUUUGUACCCAAGUCUCGACGGAUAGACAUGAAAUUCUCGGAUUUUGUGGAGAAAAUGCAUAAAACGCAGGAAGAGGGAGGAGAUGAGAGGGUGUACCUGCAGCAGACACUGAAUGACACAGUGGGCAGGAAGAUCGUGGUGGACUUCCUGGGUUUCAACUGGAACUGGAUCACCAAGCAGCAGAGCAAGAGGAACUGGGGCCAGCUCACCUCCAACCUGCUGCUCAUAGGCAUGGAGGGCAACGUGACGCCAGCCCAUUACGACGAGCAGCAGAACUUCUUUGCACAAAUCAAAGGUUACAAGAGGUGCAUCCUGUUCCCUCCCGACCAGUUUGAGUGUCUCUAUCCCUUCCCUGUUCACCACCCCUGUGACAGACAGAGCCAGGUUGACUUUGAGAACCCUGACUAUGAGAGGUUUCCCAACUUCAAGAAUGUGUCGGGCUAUGAGACUGUGGUGGGCCCGGGAGAUGUUCUCUACAUCCCUAUGUACUGGUGGCACCACAUUGAGUCCCUGUUGAGUGGUGGAGUGACCAUCACUGUCAACUUCUGGUACAAGGGUGCGCCCACGCCCAAGAGGAUCGAGUACCCACUGAGAGCUCAUCAGAAGGUGGCCAUCAUGAGAAACAUAGAGAAGAUGCUGGGGGAGGCACUGGGAGACCCACACGAGGUUGGCCCUUUAUUGAACAUGAUGAUUAAAGGCCGAUAUGACCAGGGAUUCAGCUAGAGCUACUGCCUCAGAACUGUCUGUGUGUGUAUUUGUGUGAGUGAGUUUGCCCAGGCCUGAUUGUGUGUUUGUAGGUGAGCAUGUGUGUGCAGACACGUGUUUGUGCAUUCGGACUGUUAAGCUCGCAGUGACUUGGCCAAUCAGCCAUUUUGACUGUUUUGAUUGUCUGGGAGCCAUAAUCAUCACAACUUCAGCUACCAGUGGGAAGACAAUAGUGGACAACGGACCAGCCAUGGAGACCCACAUGCAGUGUGCUGUCAGAGAGGGAUGAACUGUGUCAACUACACAAUGUAGAGUUGUGGUAUUUUAGAGGGAGUGGAGUGAUAGGCAACCGCUGUAGAUGUCAAAGAAUAAACCCCCAAACACCCUCAAAGUGGAAGUUGCCCAUAAUUAACCAUUGAUGCAGGGUCAGAUAUUGGACAUUUUAUCAUCACACCCAAUAGGAUUGGGAAAAUCUGAUCCUAGAUCUGUAUUUGGGGGCAAUUUCUACCUUGAACACUAAACAGGUGUGUGUGUUGGGUGGUUGUUAGUCAUAACCAACAAGAUACCUCCUUCGUCUAUUUAACCGUUCCCCUGUCAUUACAGUUUGUAACCACAGCAACACACCUGCAGCUUGAAUAUUAAAUAGGGAAUAGCUGUGUAGUAACUAAAGUAGGCCUACUUAUUUUGUGACAAACUUCUCAAUGAAUUUGUGACACAUGCACCCCGAAAGAGAUGAGUCAUAUUCUUGUUCUGUUGACGAGGUCAGUAAGCUGUGUUUCUGUGUUAUAGCCGACAUACUUUUUCUUUGAUGGUGUGUUUUUGUGUACAUUCAGGCAUAACUGAUUUUCUGUUGGUGUGUUAUUUUUGUUGUUGUAAAUCUGUUAUGAUACAUGGUACAAUUAAGUUGAUGAGGAUGGGCUUAAAAGUAUUUAAACUAAUUUCAAUUGCAGCUGGACAGUAAAAUAAGAAUAUAUUACACCCAACAUACUUCCAGUGGAAUGAUUGAAGAUAUCUCACCAGUUUUCCUACUCAAAUGCAUCCUAAAACAAGUUUCCCAAACUCAGUCCUGGGGCCCCCCUGGGUACAAGUUUUGGUUUUUGCCCUAGCUCUACACAGCUGAUUCAAAUAAUCAAAGCUUGAUGAAGAGUUGGUUAUUUGAAUCAGCUGUGUUGUGCUAGGACAGAACUAAACGUUCACCCAGGACCGAGUUUGGGAAACGCUGUCCUAAAAAACAGUCAUGUUUUGCUCCGGUAACAGUCACACAAUACACUAACCCUAUAUUCAUUUAAAUUCAAUAUAAUUUAAAAUAUAUUCUACUUGUAGUUAUUACAACAGUAUUUCUUAGUACUUGUAUCAAGAAUGUACCAAGUGGAUGGUUUUCAUGCGUGUGUGCCUCUCUAAUCUUACACUUCCCCUACUGUUGCUGUUUUUUCUCAAUUCUCUUCGGAAGGAUGUCAAAGUGUGUGUGUAGAGUUCAGUUGAAUUCCGGUUGUUAUUGUGCCAUUGUCAAGUGUUUCUAGUGAAGACUUCACUUCAACAGGUGCAGUUUAGAGCACAGGACUUAUUUAAAGCACAUAUUGGCUGUCCUAGUGCUGUGUGCCAAACCAGGUGUGUCCUUACAGGGUUGUGGCUAUUUCAAUUUGGUCAAUUCAGGAAGACAACAACUGUCAUUUCAAUUUUCCUCUGAUUUUCUGUGAGGAAAAUGUGGAGUUGGAAUUUUAGUUUACUUAAUGUAAACGAUGUUCAGAAGGGUGUAUGUAUGGAGGCCCUGGUGUGACAUUGGUUUGACUUCAUUUUAAGCUGCAUCAUAUUCAUUUGUUAUUAAAACUAAUAGCCUAGUUAAACCAGACUGACCACGGCUGUGUGAAUGGUGAACACAGCAUUCCGUCUGAUUUAACUACUAGGCUAAUAUACUAAUGCUGCAUGUUCAAUUCCUACACCUUCAGUGACUGACAAAAUAUUUCUAGGGGAGUUUCUAUGUUCUAGCCAUGUGUAUUAUAAUUAUUAGCAUUUUUCCAACAGCAUGUAUUGUACUCCUGGCUUUCCAAAAACAAAUAUGGAAUCCAUCAACCGGAAUCUUAUUGUUUAUAUUUAGGCUAAUAUUCUAAGAAUGUUAAAGUCCAUCAAGUGGAAUGUUCAUAUCGUAUUGUUUAUAUUUAGGCUAAUAUUCUAAGAAUGUUAAUGUCAAGGGAGUGUAUGCUUGAUUGUUGAUAGUAUAUCAAUAUUGUUGAUGAAUAGACUAGUUCUUCAAUGAAUUAUUAUUUGAUAGUUAAGUCUGAGGUUAAAUUGCUCUCUUCUGUGUAUUUGUUUCUCCUACCUGUGUGCCUAGCUUGGUUAUGACAUGGCUCAAGAAACAGCCAGAACAAUGAUAUUUUUAUUUAAUUUUUGCAUUAUGUAGCUUUAAAUGCAAAACCUGAACAUGGUUAAAAACUCUUUGCUGUGCUUUUUUGAAUUUUACAAAUACAAAACAGUUUUCUGGGUUCCUGCACUUGUAUGAUUUGAGUUUGUCUGCUCUGAGUUUGUCUGCUCUAUGUAAUUUGCACUGAUUUCAAAAUGACUGCUGAACAAGGAGUUCUAUUGUUGUGCUAGUGGCUUUGUAAUAAAAUCUUAAACUUUU